AUGGGACGCGCCUCCAAGCUUGCAUUCCCCCUCCCGGGCCGCAAGACGCACAUCGUCGUCGAGAGAGGACCCCACGACGACCCAGACUUGGACAACCUCGCUGUCCCCGUCGACCAAUGGUCACCGCGCACCAACGAUCCGCCUCCCUCCUUCUCCAAAGCCGAGCGUCUGCUCGGGACCGCAAACUUCCCCUUCCGCCCCUCGUCCACGAACCAUUCCUCACAGUCCUCGCUGCCCACCAGUCCCGCAUACAGAACCGUCGCCGCCUCCGAAGCCAGCUUCGAGACUAGCUACACUGGCCACAUGUCCUCCUCGGGGGCGAAUGACGCGAGUCUCCAUCCCAAUCAGAGGCAGCCCUUGUCCAGGCAGCCCUCCUCGAAUGUGCUCGGAAGUGGCUUCCACGAUGCAGUGCGGAAUGGUUCUCAGUCGAGCUCCGUCAGCCAUCGGUUGGCCCCCCAAACGUCAAACUCAACCCUGCGCUCCUACUAUGAUCCCCACAAAUCUCCAUUGUCCGUUUCCCAGCAGACCUCUGCAUCCGCUGUACGAGAUAUGGGCUUGAGGAAAGGGAAGCCCAUCAUCGUCCACGACCCCGACCAUACUCUGCGACCCUCGUCCCGGCAGGCUGCACAGGAUCUGAAGAAGCAGAACCGGAAAAGCAAGCCCACCCGCCUCGACCUCUCCAAAUUGUUUCCCAAACCCAAGAGUAAUGGCGUAGAGCAGCCCGUAACUGGCCUCCUAUCCCCAAACAAACUGGUAAACUCGCCCUCCACCAUGUCGUCGACUUCGGAACAUUUCCCCCGUCCCAUGACGCGCGAGCCCACCCCAAACCCCACCCUGAAUGCAAACACAAGGCCUCGCGCAAAGCUGACCAAAUCGCCAAAGUUGCACCAGGACCCUUCGUUGCACUCUGCGCCACGUUCGACGUCACCUACCCGGUUGUACGAACGUGACACGUACGACAAUGCUAAGAUUCAUGUGCGCCGCCCGCCCCGCGGCAUCCAGAAUUGGUUCGAUGGUCUCGGAGAGUCUGACGAGGAUGAUGAAGGGGAGAACUCUGCAGUUCCACGCUCGCUUCAUGCCAACGGAUCGCACUCCGGUCUCACCAAGAAGAACUCCUUCACCCCAGGGGCCGCUGAGGGCCAUCGGAGUACCCAGCGCGGUGAUGCCGUGAGACGUGAUGGCUAUCCACAGUCCGGCAUAUAUCCUAGCCAUAGCUUCCACCCUCCCAGCCAGUUUUCGACUCAAAGUCAGACUUCCUUGGGCACCUGCAGAACUAAGGAGUCUGCAUUCUCGAAAACCAAUCUGCAGGACUCUAGCGUACUGUCGUUUUCCUCCUCGUCCGAGGAUGAAGGAGGCGAAGAACAGAGGAAACCCGCGAAUCCGUUCAGGACCCGUGACAGCAUCGGAAGCACGGAUUACCAAGGGGAGAUUAUCAUAGGGAAAGCCCAAGCCUACGAUGUCCGGCCUUUCUCCAAUGGACGAAGAACUUCAGAGUCCAAGAUGAGUAUGCGUACGACGUCCACAACUGCUGCGACCAUCGAAGUCAUGUAUACUCCCGAACCGCAUUACCCCCAAACCUUCCCCAGGCCAUACGGAAGCCGGAGGUCCAGUCAUGUUCGCCAGCCUUCCAUCAUCCCCGAGGACGCAGGUGAAGAUGUGCGGCCCAAGGCUUCGGCGCAACGGCCCUUGUCCCCAUCAUCCAGCAUGCGCAGUGGGCGUACGUCGACCAGCGAAUCUAGGCGAAAUGGGCAUAAGCUCAUGGCUGUCACGGAAGAAGAGGAGGCUUUGUUGGAGAUGAUGCGUCGGAAACGGGCUGCCAUGGCCAAACACAGCUUCGUCGAAGGGUACAAGACGGCUUUGUCGCAAGAGACACGGCAAAAGACACCGCCCGAGAGCAAGUCCCUUCGGACGUCCGCUUUCCUGGCGAAUGAGUCUCCCACCGGCAGCCCGGCUCGUGCACCGAAGCCCGCAUCACGCGGCUCGAUGACCUCGUCGCCGUUGCUGCAACCCCCUCCCCGCGGCCGGCCAAGCCGUUUCACGCAGGACUUGAACGCGGGUGCAAGUGUUCUACAAGAUAACUCUUCGUGCGACGAGGCGUCUAGCCGCCGAAAUACCCCAUCUCCCUUGACCAUGCCCCAGCAUCAAUUACCCAUCCCUCCAGAGUUCUCCUCACUAGACAUCUUCCCGUCGUCGGCGGCCACCCCAACGGAAGCGAGUAUCGCAUCCCCUACCACGACCGAUCAUCCCUCGCCGAUACCCUCUCCCGUCACCCCUGGCUUACGUCAGGGCGAAGUUGAGGUCGACGUCAAAGUAGCUGGCAGCGAACCCUCGUGCAACGGCGACAAUGAAGAGAUUCCCGUCCUGGAAAGCGGAGUCAUCCAUCCUCCGUCGGGAAGCCUCAAGCCCGGCGAGGACGCUGGCGACGCUCAGACUCGCCCUCAGCAUCUCCGGCGCCGCACGGCCAGCAGCGACGCACACAUCACGCUCAGCCCCGUCCUAAAAGCUUUCCCCAGGCCUGACGCCCACAAAAACAUGGCCGCUGCUGGCUCGAAAGACCUUACACCUGUAUCCGAGACCUCUUCACGUCCAACAAGCAUUGCGGGCGAGCCCCAACUGCCCCGCAAGAGCUCUCGCCGUUCCAACAAGGUGCUCAAGGUCAACACAACGCCUUCCCUCGGCACGAACAGUGGCCUGCACUCUGUGCCGACGGCAUCUCCCGCAAGGGGCUCGACAGAACGGCGCAAGAGCAAGGCGAUUAGCCGUGGGAGCAGUAUCAGCAGCGGCAAGAGGGAUAGCUUUGCUGUUGGUUCGAGCACGCGGUGCAGUGUCAGCGAGGACGUGCUUGCUGCGUGGGGGAGCCUUGGCGGGUGGAGGGACUUCGAUUCAGGGAGAGCUCAAUGA